AUGGGUGAGAGAGGGGGGGGUAUAGGGAGAGAGAAAGAAAGAGGGGAGAGGAGGAGGAGGAGAGAGAGGAAGAGAGAGAGAGAGAGAGGAGGAGAGAGGAAGGAGAGAGAGGAGGAGAGAGAAGGAGAGAGGGGAGAGAGGAGAGGAGAGAGGAGAGGAGGAGAGAGAGGAGAAGAGAGAGCGGAUCGGAGCUGGAGUGGCAGACUGCUCAUGAGACUUCGUCUUGGGUUCGCUUCGCGCUUCGAUCGCUGACCGUUCUGCUGGCGUCUCUUCUGUCUGUGCUAGCUGUCUUGUCGCCGUCUCGUAUGCUUCUUCCGCUGCUCCUUGCCGUUGCGCGCAUGCUCUUGCUCUGUCUUCGAUUGACAGGCUAUCGUCCUACUCGCUUGCUGCUUUUCUCGCUCAGGGCAGUUCCUGGCUAAUUCGAUGCUCCUCGACUGCUAGAUGCUCUAUAGCUGUAUUUUUCACUUCUCUCCUAGCCAUAUAGAACAGUACUGUCCGGCUUAUUGUGUGUUUCUGUGUUGACUGGAAACUCAUGUUUUGUCUGCACUUAGUGUUUGUUGUCUUUGGGAGUGUCAGUCUGUUAUGUUAUUAGCCUAGUUAGUAGCAGAGAACUGGGAUUGGAAUGAGGAUGAUGAUUAUUAUUAAAUCAGAUUUCAUAAUCUGAUGGCUGUUUAGACUGUUGAGUGUUUCUUGCAUCCUUAGGUGUGACAACCCAGAGCUCUGAUCUGAGAAAAGCAGGGUUUGGUUAUGUUUUCAAUAUACAGCAGCAGUUUGAAGUAUUCAAAUUGUGUGUGGGUCUUAACGGUGCCAUGCUACUUAAUGUGAAUGGGUCUACAAACACUAGAUCAUCAAUGAUGUCACUCUCAGGGUUCCUCUGUUGUAAGGUCAUGGUCAAAGGUCAAAGGUUAUGACACCCCCUACAGACAGAGCAUUUUCACUUAAUGCAUCAAGGAAAACCUUUUUACACAUCCUCAUUUCAGCAUAUUCUGACCUCUGUCGGAGAAGAGUCUUAUUUCAGAGAAAAUUGCCUCAUUGUGUAAUGAUGUUAAGCUCACCCGAGUCUGUGAGGGUUUCUUUCAGUCUGAACAGAAGAAACGCACCCAGGCCAUCAUGGAUGGACAUGGACCAGCGCAUGGAACUGAGGAGGCAGAGGCGUGAGCAGGUGCAUCUAGAGCCAGACACACACACACACACACACACACACACACACACACACACACACACACACACACACACACACACACACACACACACACAGUCUCCUGCGUAGUUCAGUGAAUCCAGAUGGAACAGUGGAUGGGCUCUGAGGAAUACAUGGUACCUGCAUGUUGUGCAGGAGGUCAUGAUCAUUCUGUACAUUCUUCAGAUGUGUGUGAUAGCGUUCAUGUAGGAAAUAUUAUGACCUUAGGUAUGGCACUUUGUAAUAGAACCAACACUGGUUGUUAAUCAAUCAAUCAAUAAAUUGAUCGAUGUCACAAGGUGUUUGACAGUAAGUUAUCAGCAUACAGUACAUGCCGGCGGAUGUGAACGAUGUGAUAUGGAUCUAAUAUGGUGGAUGAGACGUUCAGGACUGGAGCAUUAAGCCCUCUGUCUCCUCUGAGCCCAGUAAGAGGUUUCUGAUCUCUGUGCCAAACUCAUCCAUCUCACUUUGCAUGCACUGGUAAACCUCAGGCAGUAUUGGCACGCAUGCACUGCAGGCACACACACAGGAUAACUGGAGAACUGUUCCCAGACAGCUUUGGGCCCGUCUCCCAUCCCCUCAGUCACAGGCUGGUUAGUUUCAGCAGUGUUGAUCCUCGGCCAAACCUGACUGACUGACUGACUUAGUCCACACUAGAUUCAAUCCGAUCGCCCCUUUUCGGCUAUGCACCUUUUAAAGGUAAUGUUUCUAUUGCUUUGCUCCUUCAUUAGAGAACAGGUUGACUGUGCUGGAAAAAGGGGUAUGAGUUAGAGAUGUAGGGGAUACGUUUACUGUUGGCAGUGUGUGUGUGUAUGAGAGAGAGAGAGAGAGAGAGAGAGAGAGCGAGAGAAAGAGAGAGGAGAGAGGAGAGAGAGAGAGAGAGAGAUGUUAAUAUUUAUUGUUUAUUUCACUUUUGUUUACUAUCUACUUCACUUGCUUUGGCAAUGUUAACACACGUUUCCCAUGCCAAUAAAGCCCUUAAAUUGAAAUUAAAUUGAAUUGAAAUUGAAUUGAAUUGAAUUGAGAGAGAGAGAGAGAGAGAGAGAGAGGAGAGAGAGAGAGAGAGAGAGAGAGAGAGAGAGAGAGAGAGAAAGUUGUAGCUUGGAAUCGAUGUCUUCAAAAUCCCAGCCUCUCUGCAGGCAAAAUAACAGAUUAGUCACAUAAUUCAGUCUGUCUUUAUAGUUGAGAACAAAGUUGAUUCAAAACAUAUCCAGAAGAGAACAAAAUGUGUUCGCUUAGGGUCCCCAAAAGGCUAGGGCCGGCCCUGAUGCCAGCAUCUGGUGGUCACUUUAUAGGUCACUCUUUGUGAGAAGUUGUCACUUUAUAGGUCACUCUGUGAGAGGUGGUCACUUUAUAGGUCACUCUCUGUGAGAAGUUGUCACUUUAUAGGUCACUCUCUGUGAGAAGUUGUCACUUUAUAGGUCACUCUCUGUGAGAAGUUGUCACUUUAUAGGUCACUCUCUGGGAGAAGUUGUCACUUUAUAGGUCACUCUCUGUGAGAAGUUGUCACUUUAUAGGUCACUCUCUGUGAGAGGUGGUCACUUUAUAGGUCACUCUCUGUGAGAAGUUGUCACUUUAUAGGUCACUCUCUGGGAGAAGUUGUCACUUUAUAGGUCACUCUCUGUGAGAAGUUGUCACUUUAUAGGUCACUCUCUGUGAGAGGUGGUCACUUUAUAGGUCACUCUCUGUGAGAAGUUGUCACUUUAUAGGUCACUCUCUGUGAGAAGUUGUCACUUUAUAGGUCACUCUCUGUGAGAAGUUGUCACUUUAUAGGUCACUCUCUGUGAGAAGUUGUCACUUUAUAGGUCACUCUCUGUGAGAAGUUGUCACUUUAUAGGUCACUCUCUGGGAGAGGUGGUCACUUUAUAGGUCACGUCUGUCAGUGGUGGAAAAAUUACCCAAUUAUCAUGCUUGAGUAAAAGUAAAGAUACCUUAAUAGAAAAUGACUCAAGUUAAAGUGGAAGUUACCCAGUAAAAUAUUACUUGAGUAAAAGUUUAAAAAUAUCUGGUUUUAAAUGUACUUAAGUACGGUGGUGGAAAAGGUACACAAUUAUCGCACUUGAAUAAAAGUAAAUGCUAUACAUCAAAUUCCUUAUAUCAAGCCAACCAGACGGCACAAUUUUCUUGUUUUUUAAUUAAUGGAAUGCAAGGGACACACUACAACACUCAGACAUAAUUUACAAACGCAGUAUUUGUGCUUAGUGAGUCCGUCAGAUCAGCAGCAGUAGGGAUAACAAUGCAUUAUAUUGCACGCACGCAAGCACAUUCUUGUGGUUCCCAUCCCGCUCUUCUCCACAACAUCUGUAAAUCAUUGUGUGUGUGUGUGUGUGAGUGUGAGAGAGCAGGGUGAAAUAAUACCCAUCCUCUAUCAAUGGGCCAUUUCAAGCUCUCUGCCCGCCUCAUAAACCCUGGGAAGACACGGCAUGGCACGCUCUGUGGCCAACUGAUUGGCUCAAACGCAUUAAGAAGGAAAGAAAUUCCACAAAUUAAAGUUUUAAGAAGGCACACUUGUUAAUUGAAAAUCAUUCCAGGUGACUACCUCAUGAAGCUGGUUGAGAGAAUGCCAAGCGUGUGCAAAGCUGUCAUCAAGGCAAAGGGUGGCUAUUUGAAGAAUCUAAAAUCUAAAAUAUAUUUUGAUUUGUUUAACACUUUUUUGGUUACUAUAUGAUUCCAUAUGUGUUACUUCAUAGUUUUGAUGUCUUCACAAUUAUUUUACAAUGUAGAAAAUAGUAAAAAUAAAGAAAACCCCUUGAAUGAGUAGGUGUUCGAAAACUUUUGACCGGUAGUACAGUCGUGGUCAAAAGUUUUGAGAAUGACACAAAUAUUAAUUUCCACAAAGUAUGCUGCCUCAGUUUUUAUGAUGGCAAUUUGCAUAUACUCCAGAAUGUUAUGAAGAGUGAUCAGAUGAAUUGCAAUUAAUUGCAAAGUCCCUCUUUGCCAUGAAAAUGAACUUAAUCCCCCAAAAACAUUUCCACUGCAUUACAGCCCUGCCACAAAAGGACCAGCUGACAUCAUGUCAGUGAUUCUCUCGUUAACACAGGUGAGAGUGUUGACGAGGACAUGGCUGGAGAUCACUCUGACAUGCUGAUUGAGUUAGAAUAACAGACUGGAAGCUUUAAAAGGAGGGUGGUGCUUGAAAUCAUUGUUCUUCCUCUGUUAACCAUGGUUACCUGCAAGGAAACACGUGCCGUCAUCAUUGCUUUGCACAAAAAGGGCUUCACAGGCAAGGAUAUUGCUGCUAGUAAGAUUGCACCUAAAUCAACCAUUUAUCGGAUCAUCAAGAACUUCAAGGAGAGAGGUUCAAUUGUUGUGAAGAAGGCGUCAGGGCGCCCAAGAAAGUCCAGCAAGCGCCAGGACCGUCUCCUAAAGUUGAUUCAGCUGCGGGAUCGGGGCACCACCAGUGCAGAGCUUGCUCAGGAAUGGCAGCAGGCAGGUGUGAGUGCAUCUGCACGCACAGUGAGGCAAAGACUUUUGGAGGAUGGCCUUGUGUCAAGAUGGGCAGCGAGGAAGCCACUUCUCUCCAGGAAAAACAUCAAGGACAGACUGAUAUUCUGCAAAAGGUACAGGGAUUGGACUGCUGAGGACUGGGGUAAAGUCAUUUUCUCUGAUGAAUCCCCUUUCCGAUUGUUUGGGGCAUCCGGAAAAAAGCUUGUCCGGAGAAGACAAGGUGUGCGCUACCAUCAGUCCUGUGUCAUGCCAACAGUAAAGCAUCCUGAGACCAUUCAUGUGUGGGGUUGCUUCUCAGCCAAGGGAGUGGGCUCACUCACAAUUUUGCCUAAGAACACAGCCAUGAAUAAAGAAUGCUACCAACACAUCCUCCGAGAGCAACUUUUCCCAACCAUCCAAGAACAGUUUGGUGGCGAACAAUGCCUUUUCCAGCAUGAUGGAGCACCUUGCCAUGAGGCAAAAGUGAUAACUAAGUGGCUCGGGGAACAAAAUAUCAACAUUUUGGGUCCAUGGCCAGGAAACUCCCCAGACCUUAAUCCCAUUGAGAACUUGUGGUCAAUCCUCAAGAGACGGGUGGAAAAACAAAACCCCACAAAUUCUGACAAACUCCAAGCAUUGAUUAUGCAAGAAUGGGCUGCCAUCAGUCAGGAUGUGGCCCAGAAGUUAAUUGACAGCAUGCCAGGGCGGAUUGCAGAGGUCUUGAAAAAGAAGGGUCAACACUGCAAAUAUUGACUCUUUGCAUAAACUUAAUGUAAUUGUCAAUAAAAACCUUUGACACUUAUGGGAUGCUUGUAAUUAUACUUCAUCAUAGUAACAUCUGACAAAAAUAUCUAAAAACACUGAAGCAGCAAACUUUGUGAAGACCAAUACUUCACAAUACUAAUAUCAAACACCUAUAGGACCACGACUGUUAGGCUAGUAGAGGAGGAUGAAGGGGAGAGGAGGGAGGAGGUGAGAGAGGGAGUAGGUGGAUAGGUAGAGAGAGGGGAGAUAUGGAUUUGUUAUGUACGGCUUGAAGCGGAGGCGGAGCCGUACUAACCCCCUGUUCUGGACGCUCCGAUCACCCUUUUUUCCCGGCGCAGGGGUGGAGUUAAUAAAGAGAACAAGAUUGUCUUUAAAUCUUUACAGUUCUCUCUCACUUUCUCCCUCCCCCUCUAUCUUCCUCUCUCACUUUUAUUUUUCUUUCUGUAGGGAUACUGAGGGGGUCGCUCUCUCUGGGGGGUUUCUUUCUCUCUCUCUUUCUCUCUCUAUCUAUCUCGCUCACACACAUAACCAGUGUGUGUGAUCUCAACCUCCCUCCAGUAUUGCAGGAAGUACCCAUCCAUCCAUCGUACCUGUAAUUGUUCUGGAGGUCAGAUCACUGGGAGACGGUAUGUGGUUUGUGUGGGAGGAAAUAGGAUCAAGUCCCUGGAGGACCAAGUGUUUGACUGACAAGAAUUAUAAUUAAUAUUUUAAUAGUUUGUGAGACCGGACCUUGUACCUUUGUCUAAAGUGUUUGCGUAAUCCUGCAAGGAUCACUGCAUAUUCCUCUAGUCCUUUAGCAUAGUGACAGACAUCCAGGCAUGUUCUUUAUGAAUGUGUGCAUAGGGUCUUGGACAGCUCUUUAUGUCUGUAUAUGAUGACUAAUGACUUUAUGUACUCUCUUAAUGACUUAUAUAAAUUAUAUACAUUACUUUAUGUACUCUUUAUAAUCACACUUUGGGACAUAAGGAUCAGGCCAUAUCUACAUGGCAAAUGUAGUGUUGUGUAAAGAAUGGAGAUGGGAUGAAUGUUUGGUUGUUAAGCCUUGGUUACCCCUCAGAGUGUAAGGAUUGUUUGUGAGGCUUAAGACCCCAAUAAAUGCCCUCCUGUAAAACUCAAUUUCUUACAAUUUAAAUGUAAACAACUUUGAACAAUUGUUUGUUAUUAAUAGGAAUCAUAAUGGUGCACAAUAGACAGUUGGCCUAUAUCAUUCAUUGGUAUGGCAGUAAUAAUUGUAGGCAAAAGGCCUACAUCCCCUGUGGCACAGUGGUCUAAGGCACUGCAUCUCCGGGCUUGAGGCGUCACUACAGACCCCCUGGUUCGACUCCAGGCUGUAUCACAAUCGGCCGUGAUUGGGAGUCCCAUAGGGCGGUGCACAAUUGGCCCAGCGUCAUCCGGGUUUGGCCGGUGUAGGCCGUCAUUGUGAAUAAGAAUUUGUUCUUGACUGACUUGCCUAGUUAAAUAAAUAAAAUAAAUAAAAAAAUCCCCAUUAAUGAAUCCCCAUAACUGUAUGUCUUGGUGUGGUUUCAGGGGCUUCAGCACAACAGAUGAUGAUGAGGAGGCGGCUCAACAGCGGAGGAGAAAGGCUUGUGAAGAGAGGAUGAAAAAGACAGAGAUGGAGGAGUCCAGCAGCAGCACCGUGACAAUAGAGGUCAACAACACUCACAGGUACGCAACACAGGACAACCACAGUGGGGACAAAUCCUUGAAAACAGAAAUAAAUAUGUCUUCUACAAAUUCAGGUAGAACCUCCCCAUUCACUCCACUUGUUUUCUCCCUCCUGAACAAGACCCCGAUCUAUAGAAAGAUCCCAUCUGAGAGGUGGUUUCUUCAGAUCUCUUGGUCUUUGAUACCUCUUUGCUUUAUCUUGGCCAGAUCGCAGUUGUAAAUGAGAACUUGUUCUCAAUUGGCUUACCUGGUUAAAUAAAGGUGAAAUAUAUAUAUUAAUUUUUAGAUACCCCCUACAGAUACAAAAUGACAAUCAAACACUCUUAGAAAAAGGUUCUACAUAGAACCAUAAAGGGUCGUAAUGCUUGUCUCUGUAGAAGAACCCCUUAUGGUUCCAGGUAUAACCUUUUCCACACAUCAAAUAACCUAUUUAGAACCCUUGCUUACAUAGAGAUGGUUCCAAAGAACACGGUUGUAUGUAGAACCCUUUCCCUGUUUGUUUCUGUGUUAAUCCACAGCUGCUAGUGACUGGUGUGUUCUCUCCUGACCACAGUGGGACAGAGACAGAGUCCUCCUCCUCCAGUGUGGAGGUGAGCUCCUCAGGAGGAGGUGAAGGAGGUGAGGAGGAUGCAGUACUCAUGGACCGCCUGGCCAAGCUGGAGGAGCGCAGACAGAAGAGGUUGAAGGAAGCACUGGAUAGACAGAAGAAGUUCGACCCUACCAUCACCGACAGCAAUGAGAGGACACCUCCUCUAGUGGGUGCCACCGAGACACAGACGAGGAGAAGGAGGAGAAACCAGCCCAGGAGGAGGUGACCACAAACUCUGGAGUAGAGAGGAGGAGGAGAAGGAGGAGGUGAAAGAAGCACACACAAAGGAGGAAAAGCCUGAAACCAUGCCACAGAAAGCUGAGGAGGUGGAGGGUAAGAAAGAGGUAGAGUAUGACUUCCUACUUUGAUAUGAGUGAGCAUAAUUGUUGGACGGGGGUGGUAUUGUAUUUACAGAAAGUUGUAUUGACACAAAAUCUAUUUUAUCUCAUAGGAAGAGGUCGAGGAAACGCAUAUAGUACCAGGAAAAUGUAUUGGAUUUGUUGUACCCGCUACAACACUACAAGAGUGUGGGUUUGAAAUAUCCAUUAUGCCCAAGAUGGAGAUAGAAAAGAAAGCCGUUGAAGAUAUAUCCAAGAAAGAAGAGGAAGAAAAACAGAAGAAAGAGAUGGAAGAAAAAGAGGCUGCAGAAAAAGCUGCAAAACUCAAGAAAGAAGAAGAAAAAGCUGCAAAACUCAAGAAAGAAGAAGAAGAAAAAGCUGCAAAACUCAAGAAAGAAGAAGAAGAAAAAGCUGCAAAACUCAAGAAAGAAGAAGAAGAAAAAGCUGCAAAACUCAAGAAAGAAGAAGAAGAAAAAGCUGCAAAACUCAAGAAAGAAGAAGAAGAAAAAGCUGCAAAACUCAAGAAAGAAGAAGAAAAAGCUACAAAACUCAAGAAAGAAGAAGAAGAAAAAGCUGCAAAACUCAAGAAAGAAGAAGAAAAAGCUACAAAACUCAAGAAAGAAGAAGAAGAAAAAGCUGCAAAACUCAAGAAAGAUGAAGAAGAAAAAACUGCAAAACUCAAGAAAGAAGAAGAAAAAGCUGCAAAACUCAAGAAAGAAGAAGAAGAAAAAGCUGCAAAACUCAAGAAAGAAGAAGAAGAAGAAAAAGCUGCAAAACUCAAGAAAGAAGAAGAAGAAAAAGCUGCAAAACUCAAGAAAGAAGAAGAAGAGAAAGCUAAAACAUCUAAGCAAGCAGAGGAAAAGCAGAAAGCAGAGGUAUCGGUGUGACUUUUAGGGUGAUUGCUUCCAUUCAAAAUCCUGGAUAACUCCAAUGUUCCUCAUUAGUUUCUUAUAGCACAUACAGUGCAUUCAGAAAGUAUUCAGACCCCUUGACUUUUUCCACAUUUAUUUAGGUUACAGCCUUAUUCUAAAAUAGAUUAAAUCGUUUUUCUCCCCUCAUCAAUCUACACUCCCCAUAAUGACAGAGCAAAAACAGGUUUUUGUUGUACAAAAAAGAAAUACAAAAACGAAAAUAUCACAUUUACAUAAGUAUUCAGAUCAUUUACUCAGUACUUUGUUGAAGCCCCUUUGGCAGCGAUUACAGCCUCGAGUCUUCUUGGGUAUGACGCUACAAGCUUGGCACACCUGUAUUUGGGGAGUUUCUCCCAUUCUUCUCUGCAGAUCCUCUCAAGCUCUGUCAGGUUGGAUGGGGAGCGUCGCUGCACAGCUAUUUUCAGGUCUCUCCAGAGAUGUUAGAUCGGGUUCAAGUCCGGGCUCUGGCUGGGCCACUCAAGGACAUUCAGAGACUUGUCCCAAAGCCAAUCCUGCGUUGUCUUGGCUGUGUGCUUAGGGUCGUUGUCCUGUCGGAAUGUGAACCUUUGACCCAGUCUGAGGUCCUGAGCGCUCUGGAGCAGGUUUUCAUCAAGGAUCUCUCUGUACUUUGCUCCGUUCAUCUUUCCCUCGAUCCUGACUAGUCUCCCAGUCCCUGCCGCUGAAAAACAUCCCCACCACCAUGCUUCACCGUAGGGAUGGUGCCAGGUUUCCUCCAGACGUGACGCUUGGCAUUCAGGCCAAAGAGUUCAAUCUUGGUUUCAUCAGAUCAGAGAAUCUUGUUUCUCAUGGUCUGAGAGUCUUUAGGUGCCUUUUGGCAAACUCCAAGCGUGCUGUCAUGUGCCUUUUACUGAGGAGUGGAUUCCGUCUGGCCACUCUACCAUAAAGGCCUGAUUGGUGGAGUGCUGCAGAGAUGAUUUUCCUUCUGGAAGGUUCUCCCAUCUCCACAGAGGAGCUCUGGAGCUCUGUUAGAGUGACCAUUGGGUUCUUGGUCACCUCCCUGACCAAGGCACUUCUCCCCCGAUUGCUCAGUUUGGCCGGGUGGCCAACUCUAGGAAGAGUCUUGGUGUUUUCAAACUUCUUCCAUUUAAGAAUGAUGGAGGCCACUGUGUUCUUGGGGACCUUCAAUGCUGCAGAAAUGUUUUUGUACCCUUCCCCAGACCUGUGCCUCGACACAAUCCUGUCUCGGAGCUCUACGGAUAAUUCCUUUGACCUCAUGGCUUGGUUUUUGCUCUGACAUGCACUGUCAACUGUGGGACCUUAUAUAGACCUGGUGUGUGCCUUUCCAAAUCAUGGUCCAAUCAAUUGAAUUUACCACAGCUGGACUCAAAUCAAGUUGUAAAAACAUCUCAAGGAUGAUCAAUGGAAACAGGAUGCACCUGAGCUCAAUUUCGAGUCCCAUAGCAAAGGGUCUGAAUACUUAUGUAAAUAAGGUAUUUCUGUUGUUUUUUUAAACUAUAUUUGCAAAAUUAUCACAAAAACUGUUUUUGCUUGGGGUGUUUUGUGUAGAUUGGUGAGGAAAAUAUUUAAUCAAUUUUAGAAUAAGGCUGUAACGUAACAAAAUGUGGAAACGGUCAAGGGGUCUGAAUGCUUUCAGAAUGCACUGUACAUGUACUGUGUGUACAGUAAGCUAUGCUCAACAACACAUUUCUAAUCAAGAUGUUUCAAUGACACAUGUAGACGAUUUAUCUGUGUUAUCCAGGUUUUUCUGCGUUUUAUGUCUUCGCUGUUUGGGGCAGAUGAUUGCAUCCCUCUGGGCACAAACGUCAGUUAAACGUCUGGUUUUUAUGUACAUUUGGUUGAGUUGUCAACUAAUGUGAAUUCAACGUGAAAUCAACAAAACAUUUCACCAUGUCAUUCGAUUUAGUUAAAAAGUUGAGUGAAAAAAAUAUGAAAUGCCCUUACGUUGAUGACUUUUUGCAAAUCCAGUUAGUUUCCCAUGUUGAUUCAGCGUCAUCACAUAGAUUUUUUGGGUAGAAUUUACAUGGAAACAGCAUCGAUUCAAUUGGUUUUUGCCCAGUAGGAUCUUCCAUAUCCACAUUAUUCCAUGCGUCAAGGCGUGGUCACAGAUUACAGAGUGGUCACAGUGUGUUGCUUUGCAUCAUUGAUAAUUGGGGCAGUUGUUUCCUAGCCUGGUCCCAGAUCAGUUUAUGCUGUUUUACAAACUCCUAUGGUCAUUGUCAUGUAAAAAGUUUGGCAUAACCACAACCAUAGGAAUUAACUACUGUAUACAACACAAACAGAUCUGGGACCAGGCUAGUUGUGUCCUCCUGGUUAUGUCACAGUGUUGUUACAGUGUUGUCACAGUGAUGUCAGAGUGUGUGUUUGGUCUGCAUCAACGUACCUCUGCAUUGCUGUCACCUUGCAGGCUGAAGUGGAACCGCAUUGUAUGGCAACGGCGUCCAUUUUGCCUUGCUUCUACCGUCUGCAUAUGUACUGUAGAUAGAUGCCAGUUGUUUGACUCCUCCUCCUUUUUUCUCCUUUGUUCCGGCCCACCAAGGAGAAGUUGAAAAAGCGGGUAAGAUCAAACAUGAAUUUGGAGUCAAAUAGACCUUCACAUGCAUAUUUUUGUAUUUUCUAAAUCAUAGAAAAUCCUAGGAAAUGGGCAUAUUAUUAUUAUUUUUUGUCAUUAUUGGACGUUUGAUGCAGGAGGCUGAGAAAGUAUAGGUGGAGAAACCAAAGCUAAGAUCAGUCAAGAAAGACGAGGUGAGUCUAUCUCUCUCUAUCAUACUCUGUCCAUCCGACAAACGAGUUGUCUGGUUGUACUACCACUUUGAAACAAUGGUCCAUCACUAAUCCAUUGGGAUCUCUUUGCUUUCCAUUGGUCUAUCAGAUCCAUUGGUCUAUCAGAUCCAUUGGUCUAUCAGAUCCAUUGGUCUAUCAGAUCCAUUGGUCUAUCAGAUCCAUUGGUCUAUCAGAUCCAUUGGUCCAUCAGAUCCAUUGGUCUAUCAGAUCCAUUGGUCUAUCAGAUCCAUUGGUCUAUCAGAUCCAUUGGUCUAUCAGAUCCAUUGGUCUAUAUAUCACAGAUUUCUGAUGAACAGAAGGAGUCCACCCCCUCCAAGCAGAAGAACGGAGGUGUGUCUCGCUCCACCGAGGCGGAGGACCAGGAGCGUCUGGAGGAGGAGAGGAAGCUGGAGGAGCUGAAGCAUCGUCGUGACGAGGCGGACAGCGAGGCGUUUGAGAAGAUGAAGCAGAAACAGCAGGAGGCUGAGGCUGAGCUGGAGGAACUGAAGAAGAAGAGGCAGGGGAGGAAGAAGAUCAUAGAGGAGGAGGAGAAGCAGAGGAAGGCAGAGCUGGCAGAGAAAAAGGCCAUAGAGCAGGUGGGUGGGACGGACGGACGGACGGACGGACGGACGGACGGACGGACGGACGGACGACGACGGACGACAGGACGAGACGGACAGACGACAGACAGACAGACAGACAGACAGACAGACAGACAGACAGACAGACAGACAGGACAGGCAGGCAGGCAGCAGGCAGGCAGGCAGGCAGGCAGGCAGGCAGGCAGGCAGGCAGGCAGGCAGGCAGGCAGGCAGGCAGGCAGGCAGGCAGGCAGGCAGGCAGGCAGGCAGGGAUCCAGUUGAAACAGAAGCGAAAUGCUCCAUGUGGAGCUAAAUGAUAAAAACAUGUUUUCAGCCUGUUUCAGACUACUUUGUUCCAUUUCUUGCCUAGUGAACGACUCUAACCCUAACCCUAGCUUCAUGUCCACAUACCAGUUCAACCCUAACCCUAGCUUCAACCACAACCCCAACCCUAGCCUCAACUACAACCCCAACCCUAGCCUCAACUACAACCCCAACCCUAGCCUCAACCACAACCCCAACCCUAGCCUCAACUACAACCCAACCCUAGCCUCAACUACAACCCCAACCCUAGCCUCAACUACAACCCCAACCCUAGCCUCAACUACAACCCCAACCCUAGCCUCAACUACAACCCAACCCUAGCCUCAACUACAACCCCAACCCUAGCCUCAACUACAACCCCAACCCUAGACUCAAUUACAACCCCAACCCUAGACUCAACUACAAUCCUAACCCUAACCCUCAACUACAACCCUAACCCUCAACUACAACCCUAACCCUAGCCUCAACUAGAACCAUAACCCUAAACCUCAACCCUCAUGAUAACAAUAACAACUCAAUGGUCCAUUGCUGUGGUUUUUACAGGAGGAGAGGAAGAGGUUGAAGGAAGAGAUUAGAGCAAAGAAGAAAAGAGGCUGCAGAGAAGAAGAAACAGAUAGAGGAAUCAGCCGACGAAGACAAGAAACCCUUCACAUUGGGCGUAACGCCCAGGGGCAAG